GCUCAUCAACGUGCGCAACACCAUCACGGUGCUCGCUAUGGACGACGCCCACGGCGCCCCUCAAGGCCCGAGGCGCUCCGGCAUGGUUAAGAGCUUCGACCGCCGCAGCGGGCGUGUCGGGUUCCUGCCCCAGCAGCAGCACGAGGAAGCCGUCGACAACAACGGCACGCAGGUGUUCUUCGUCAAGUCCGUGCACGAGACGCCUUACAACAUCUCGGUGAUGAAGGUCAGCACCGUGAUCUCCUCGCAGGCUGUCAAGGCUCCCUCGUUGCCCGAAUCAGCGAGGCCCAACGCCACGGGCGUCGUGGCCAGGAACAUGUCCGGCUGCUUCGCGGCUCUCAUGGCUUCGGCCGGUGCGGCCUCGAGGUACGAGAAGAUGAUGGCCAACGACAACGGCGGGCUCAGGCUCUUCUGCCCGGCAAACAAGGCGACGAAGGCGCUAACUUGGGCCGGACACCGAGAAGCCGCGGCUACUGGCGCGGUCUUCCUCCACCGCGUCCAUGUGCUACCUGAUGCGCACCAGUUCGUUGCGCCGCCAUAAGAUGCAGAGCCUCAAGCACCUCCAGGGCAAGCGCAAGCGGCUCGAGCGCCGCAACUCCACGAACUCCGGCGGCCGUGGCGACGGCCGGGACGAAGCCCAGGAGCCGCUCUACCCCAACGCGUUUCAACUCCGCUGCUCGGUCGUCUCGCAGGGGAGCACCUCCUCCGGCAUGCCAGAGCAAGUUUCAGCAUCUCUAUUUCUGUAUCAUCAUCUCCUGUGGCAAUAAUGUCGUCGACAUAGACAAUCAGGACAGACACUUUGUCAAUCUUCCGUUUAUAGAAUAAGGUAUGAUCAGCAUUACUCUGCUUAUAACCAUUUGCAUUACAGCUUGAUGAAA